AGAAGUUGUCUCAUCCGGGGUGUUUGGGGAUUCCCCCGAGUGAAUUUCGUGAGAGAAGUAGCUAGCUGCAAUUCACUUGGACUAUUGUAAUUGAGCAGAAUGUUGAACUAAUGAUAGUUGUCUGUUUAAAUCAAUCACGGUACAGUUUUCGAAAUCGGCUAAUUGUCGACGUUGAUGUUUUCGCCCGGUACCGAUGGCCAACAAGGCGUACUAGGGCAACCAACAGUAACAGCCAGAGCAAUGAAUUCCUUGGAACAGGCCGAAGGUAGUCAACAUGACCUAAAAGCCUUUGAGAGAAGGUUGACAGAAUAUGUCUCCUGUUUGCAGCCUGCAACUGGGAGGUGGCGAAUGAUUCUAAUAGUGGUGUCUGUCUGCACGGCGACUGGGGCCUGGAACUGGUUGAUAGACCCGGACACACAGAAGGUGUCUUUCUUCUCAUCAUUGUGGAACCAUCCAUUCUUCACCAUCAGCUGCAUCACUUUGAUUGCUCUGUUCUUUGCUGGUAUUCACAAACGAGUAGUUGCACCGUCAAUUAUUGCAGCUCGCUGCCGGACAGUUUUAGCAGAAUACAACAUGUCUUGUGAUGAUACUGGGAAAUUAAUUCUCAAACCACGGCCACACAUCCAAUAACCGCAAACCUAUUUGAAGAGAAUCGGGGUGAAGCAAAAAGUGUUCUUUAUAAUUAUGUUGCUUGCCGCUGAAUGAACAACAGAUACAAGGACCCAACUCUUGUUUGUGGGAUUUGAAAUACCCUAACAGAGGUUUUGGAUGACAGAGGGGAAACACUGAGGUGGCAAUCAUUUUGUUGGGAUCCAUUACGUAUGUAUGAAGAACUGUAAGGGAAGAGGACAGCAAGCAACUUUUUAACAGCAUCUCAGUGUUAGUCUCCAUUAAAGCUGCUUUUGGGCUCACAAACCCUUUGUUUUACUCAUUUGUCAUGAGAACAGAUGUUUAUUUCUAUGACUCUAUGAUGUAUUUGUUUUAGAUAAAGGUCCUUUUUUAAAUAAAUUGUUAUACACCUAAGAAAUA